AUGGAGAACGACUUUCUUGAUAAAGUGGAAGACAAUGCCACUGUCCGUAUAUGGUCAGAGAAAGUGCAAUUGGAAAAGGGAGACAGUCUAGCCAAGGAUUAUGUGUUAGAGCUGUGGGACUACACUCGUAUUAGUGUGACGCAAAAUAGCCUUCAGGAGCUAAGGGAAAUAUGGGAUAAGUGGAAUGAUGAGAACAAGCAGUUGGUCUACUCUAAUUAUGGAGACUUGCCAUAUUUGCUUGACAUCAAGGUGGAUGAACAAUUGUUUCGGGCCCUUGCUCAAUAUUGGAAUCCUGCAUAUAGCUGUUUCACUUUUGGCAGAGUAGAUCUAGUGCCUACGGUGGAGGAAUAUACGGCUUUACUGUAUUGUCCAAGGUUUCAGGUGGAUAAAGCAUAUUCUAGAGCCGCGUAUGUCCCGGCAUUUUGGAAGAAAUUGAUGAAUAUUACUAGCAUGGGCGAGCAGUGGAUCAAGGCCAGGAUCAAGCAGAAAGGGGAGUGUAAAUGUAUUCCAUGGAAGAAUUUACGAGACUUGAUCCUAGCACAUCCUGAUGGGAAAAAGAAGGUCGAUGUGUUUUCUUUGAGUAUCUACGGGUUAGUGAUUUUCCCUAGAGCAUUGGGGCACGUUGACGAAGCGGUUUCAGAUUUCUUUGAUCGGUUGGGUAAAGGGGUCACGCCUGUUCCUGCGAUUUUGGCUGAGACAUUUAGAUCUUUGAACGCGUGUAGGCUAGCUGGUGAAGGCAGAUUUAUAGGUUGUGCACAAUUGUUGAUAGCUUGGUUCCAUAUUCAUUUCUGGAAGGUUGACAAAGUUUCGUAUCGGGUUUUCUCUGGGCAUUACUCCCCGUUAAAAGAGAUAGUGGAGGAUGAUGUGGAAUGGAGAGCUCCUUGGUUGAUUCCUGAUGAAAUUUUCUACCAUUGUGGAAGCUUUGACUGGGUUCCGUUGCUAGGGAUUCGGGGAGCCGUUGGGUAUGCACCUUUACUGGUCCUAAGGCAAUACAAUUCAAGACAGUUUGUGCCGGCAACGCAUGGUUUAGCUCAAUGUGAGUUCUUGUACCGAGGAGAAAAUUACAAUAAAAAGGUGAAAGAAAUUUCUCAGGCUUGGAAUUAG